UUCCUUAGAGUCUCAACGCUCCAAGUUUAGGAUCCGUCUGUCAGCCUCCAGCUGGGCCCAACAUGUAGCUGCUGCGGACCUUCCCUGCAGGACUGCACCGUCCAUUGACGCCCGCGGGGGCCGUGCAAUCGCCCCGCUACGGCCCGCGCCCCGACGCACGCGCAUCACGCCAAAGGGCUCCGUGUGCAUGAAGAUCGAGGCUCGAAUUUGUGCACCUUUUGUUGCAAAACGAGCCGCUGACGCUCCAGUGCAAUGGAGGGAGGGAGCGAGAGGGGAGGGUCGUCCCCUCCCCCCCAUCGAAGCCGAGGCGAGCGGAGCCAGCAGAAGGGAGCCAAGAAGAAACCAGUGCUGAGGCUUCCUAAAGAGGUUUUUGAGCAGCCAGCUCCUGCUGCCGUUGCACCCAGAGAUCUGGACUCCAAAGCCUGUGUGACCAUCGGCGAGAAGAAUUUUGAGGUGAAGGCAGAUGACCUGGAUGAGAUCUGUGAGCUGGGGCGAGGUGCCUAUGGCGUGGUGCACAAGAUGAGACACGUGCCCAGUGGACUCAUCAUGGCAGUGAAGAGGAUCCGGGCCACAGUCAACACACAGGAGCAGAAGCGUCUGUUAAUGGACCUGGACAUCUCCAUGAGGACAGUCGACUGUUUCUACACCGUCACUUUCUAUGGAGCUUUGUUUAGAGAGGGUGACGUGUGGAUCUGCAUGGAGCUGAUGGACACAUCCCUGGACAAGUUCUACAAGCAGGUCAUCGAGAAAGGUCUGAAGAUUCCCGAGGACAUUCUGGGGAAGAUCGCAGUCUCGAUAGUCAAAGCUCUGGAACAUCUUCACAGUCAUCUGCAGGUCAUCCACAGAGAUGUGAAACCGUCAAACGUUCUGAUCAACACUCGGGGUCAGGUGAAAAUGUGUGACUUUGGCAUCAGCGGGUACCUGGUCGACUCGGUUGCCAAGACCAUGGAUGCUGGCUGUAAACCCUACAUGGCGCCUGAACGGAUCAAUCCUGAGACCAAUCAGAAAGGAUACAAUGUCAAGUCAGAUAUCUGGAGUUUGGGAAUCACCAUGAUUGAACUGGCCAUCCUGCGUUUCCCGUACGACUCAUGGGGGACGCCGUUCCAGCAGCUGAAGCAGGUGGUAGAGGAGCCCUCACCCCAGCUUCCAUCAGAGCACUUCUCACCGGAGUUUGUGGACUUCAGCUCCCUGUGUUUGAAGAAAGUCUCCAAAGAUCGUCCAACUUACACAGAGCUCAUGCAACAUCCGUUCUUCAUGUGUCAUGAGGCCAAAGAGACCGAUGUCGCGACCUUUGUGAAGGUCAUUUUAGGGGACUAAGAUCACAGCUGCACGUGAGGCCGGGGGUCCAGUCACCCCGAAAUGGACCCUAAUGGAGUGAUGGGCGCUUACUUGCAACUAAUGUCACUUGAUAAUGGAAGAAGUGGGCGGAGCCAUGAGUCAGAACCGUCUGACAUCACUGAGAGCCCUCUCACCUGUAUUCUGGAUUAAUCUGAAAAAGUAUGCAAAAGAAACUGCAGACAAUUCUCACCGUGGAUCCUAUAUUUCAUGGUGACGGCCUGGAAGAAAGUCGCAGAUUAUAUUUCAAAUAUUAUCGUCGAAAUCUAUUCUAUAUGUUUGCAAUCUGAACAUUGUAAUCUAAGUGGUCACAAACAGACUGUUUUAAUCCAAGUGUUUGCAAUCUGUUUGUUAAAUCUCAGUCUACGCUAUCUGAACGUACUAAUCCAAGUGUUUGCAAGCCGUGCGUUUUGAUCUGUGUUUGUGAACGGAACAUUUUAAUCUAUGGGAUGGCAAGAUAGAGAUGUAAUCUAACUGUGUGUAUCAUAAAUGUUUAAUUCUUUGUGUUUGUGACCCAAACAUUUUAAUCUGAAGGAUUGCAAGUUCUAAAUAUUUUUGCGAUCAGAACAUGUGCGAUCUGCACAUUUCAGUGUGCGAGUUCACCGGAUGAACACUUUGAUCGAACCGAUGGUAAUGGGUGUUUUAAUUUAAGGGAUUAAUCUAAAUAUGUGUGUAGAUGUGCCUGUUUGUGUGUGUGUGUGUGUUUGUGUGUGUGUGUGCGUGCGCGUGCGCGUGCGUGCGUGUGGAGAGUAUGACCCAAUCAGAACCCACCUAAAUCAGAGCAGGAUUAUCACUCUGGUAAUGAAUAAUAUCAAGAUCUGUCGUGCGUGUUUUGCAGUUUUUUAUUUAUUGCAACAAAUGUGUUUUAUCUGAACUUUUGGCUUGAACUGUAAUCAUCUUUGUGCCUCUUUGUCAUCCCCUGACACAAUUAAUAUUUAAAUGCUGCCUUGGUCUCUGAAGGUUCCUCAAUAUUGCGUCACCUUUAAUGUCAUGCUGACCGUCACGUGCCAUGGCACAAAUGAUUGCUGGUGUCCUGUUCACCUUUUGUUGCCGCUCUAAAAGUCGGGCCAUCUCUUUCCCCUGCUGCCCUAAAUAUCGCCAGGAUGUCGGAUGACGUUUUCUUUGUUUUUCUGAGACUUAAUUGCCGACUCAGCAUAUCUGUGUCUGGUACGGUCAGCGGGACGUCCGGGUGGAAACUGGAAUUUCUCAUCAAUUUCUGUUCUUUGGUGCGGUGGGGUUUGUAUAUUUUAAACGGCAAGAGAGGGGAGUUAAAUUCGGAGAAAGGGGCUGGCCGAGAAAAAGUAAGGAAAAAAAAAAACAUCCAACAUUUUUAGCGCUGCAACGGUACAUUUGGUUGUCAACAAGUUAGCCUCUGUUUUAGAUUUGACACUCUGAGAUCCUUUAUAACAGAAGUGUUUAACCACCAAAAAGUAGUUUUGUAAAGAGCUUUUCUGUCUGCUGUAGUUGAUGUUGUGUUCUGGACACGACGUGUUUUUGAGUGUGAGAUGAGCAACUGCAGGAAUGCAGGAGUCAUUUGGAAACCGAAGUUGUCUGACUGACGACUGUUUUUCUACAACAAUUGUGAAAAACUGGCUGUGUGCGAAUG